GAACUUCAAAAUUGUAGAAGAAGAAAUACUGCAAACAUACUUUCUUCUUUGCAAAUUCUGGAAUCAGGGAUCAAACAAUGUUUACCGCCACCGCCGGCAGCGGAUCCCUUCUCCUCCCCCAAAACCUCAAUUCCACCGCCUGCCUCCGCCGCAACAACCACCACCGUCAACCCAUAACCUCUCUUCCUCCUCCAAACUCCACCGCAUGCUCUCUUUCUCCCCUCAAAAUCUCCCUAAAACAACCCCUAAAACUCCACUCUCUAAAACCCCAGAAUUCCCGACUACUCACUUUCUCCUCCUUGAACCCUAAUUUCCCCCAAAUCUCACCUGAAAAUCCCCAAUUCAUAACUAACUCAACCAAAACCCUAAAUGCCCUGUUUUCCCUCUCCUCCAAAAUCGCCCAAAUCAUCAGAACCCAAUUCCUCAAUCUCAAGACCCUUUACUUCACCGCAUCAUCUCAACUACUCGAAACCCUUCAAUAUCUGUUAGACAAUGUGGUUUCUACUCUGGUUCCCCUGUUCUUAAGUGUUCCAAGCAGGUCCCAGGUCCCCCCAUUGACUGCCAUUGCUUCUGGUAUGGCGAAAUGGCUUGAUAUCUAUAGUGGGGUUCUAAUGGUUAGGGUUUUACUUAGCUGGUUCCCUAAUAUGCCUUGGGAAAUGCAGCCUUUUUCUGCAAUUAGGGACCUCACUGAUCCUUACUUGAGCCUUUUUAGGAAGAUUGUUCCUCCUGUUUUUGGUACAAUUGAUGUUAGCCCUCUUUUAGCUUUCGCUGUUCUUGGUACUCUCGGGUCGAUUCUCGGUACCGCCAAGGUUUAGUGGAAGUGAUGAUUGAGGGAUUCAGAAUUGGUGUUCAGUUUUGAGGCACGAGGGGGAAAGGACAAGGAACCAUGAAAGGAAUGAAAAGUGCUGGUGGUUCUUUUUGCUCCACGAUCAGAAGAAAAACGUGGCGACGAACCCCACAGCCAAAGACAACAAGUUGGUAAACAAUCCAGGGUUGUUUUGUAGUUUUUUUUUUUUUUAUAUAUAUAUAUUUUUAACAGGGGAUGUGUUAGCAAACAUUUUGAUGGAAAUUCAAGUAUUUUCUUUACAUUAUUUUGUUUGUAUCACGUCUUGGAAUUCAAAGUACUACCUCAUGUAGCAAAAACGGAUGGAAGGAGUAUGUGUAUGGUCUGUUUUCCUAGGUAGGGCUUUUUUAUUUACAUGUAAUACAAACUGUUUUAGGUUCUGAUACUUUGAAAGUCUAAUUGAAAAAGAAUUGCUACAUGAGCACCUGUUGCAGCAA